AUGCGGGCUCUACUUUUCUUGUGUGGACUGUUUGCGGCUCUGACAGCUGUACUUGCUUGGACAAAAGAGGACUACGAGAUAUUUGACCUCGUUAGCGAACUUGAGCAGCAUGAAGGACCUGGGACAACUUUCUACUCGCUGCUAGGGGUUUCGCCCUCGGCUACUGGACCUGAGCUCGCAAAAGCAUAUAAGAAGCUUAGUGUCAAACUCCAUCCUGACAAGAACCCCGGUGUAAAAGGUGCUCACGAGCGAUAUGCUCGUCUCGGAAAAAUCAAUGCGAUCCUUAAGGGAGAAGGCCGUGACAGAUACAACUUCUUCUACAAAAAUGGAGUUCCAAAAUGGCGCGGUACCGGCUACUACUACUCCCGUUUCCGCCCUGGCUUGGGGACCGUGCUUGUUUUCCUUGCACUCUUGACGUGCACGCUGCAGUUCUUUGUUCAAAAGAUGAACUAUGCGCGCGAUAUUGAGCGUGUACGAGACCUGGUCAACCGUGCCAAGUUGGCUGCUUGGGGACCUAGGAUGGUACCUGUUGAGGGAACCAGGAAGGUUAGAAUCCCGGCAACACAAGUCUCGGCGGAAGAAAUGAGCUAUGGGGCCAAUACAAGGACAAUCGAACUAGUCGUCAAGGGCGAUGGAACUGUUUGGCAUAAUACCGGUGAUGGUGAAGAUCUGUUUGACGAGAGUGCUCUUCCCAAGCCGGCAUUCAGCUCAACCUGGGUUCCCUCUUUGUUCAAGUCGCUUAUUGGAAAACUUACAAGUGCCAAACCGGAACCACAAGAAAACGGAGUGGAUGGAUCUUCUGAUUCGUCCGAGACAGAGGCAUCAGACGCCGCUGUUGCCACCGGGGUGGAAAAAUCAUCUGGAAAGAAGCGCAAGGGCGGGAGGCGCAAAUAG